UUUAGCCGUUUCGUUUGUGGUCAAUACCAAAUUGUCAUUUUUUGUUACGGUUUUCGAAUCAAAAUUUUAGGUUAGGUAAAAUUUUAAAAAUAUCUGUGUGAUAUUGUGGUGGUUGGUAUUGAUAUUUUACCACCGAACGAUAAAUCUAAAUAAUUUAGAAAAUGAGUGAUUUUGUGCUGAAUGAUAGCGACACUGACCUUGAUUCAGAUGAAGAGUUACAAGAGGCAUUUGCUAAAGGUUUACUAAAACCUGGACUUAAUGAAGAAAUAGAGAAGGUACAGAAGACAUACGUGAACAAUGUAGCAGAUUUAAGAGCAAAGUUGAAGGAAUUCGAGCUGAAACUGCCUUGGGUGGAAACUGUUGAUCUGGUUACGUCGGUUGCACCAAUGGCUCCUGAUAUUGCGUUGCAGAUGCAACAGACUGCGCAGCGGAGGAAGAACAUAAUGGAAAACACAAAAGGCAAGAAACAGUACGACCCCACAGAGGAUCCCGUGCUGAAUGAGUUUAAAAGAGAGAACCUUAUACACCGACAGGCACAGGCAGCUGUUGUGGAUGGCAUCAAGAGGCUGAAGGACUUAAACAUGCCGACAAAAAGACCGGACGACUAUUUUGCUGAGAUGGCAAAAUCUGACGAGCACAUGCAGAAGGUGCGCAAGAACCUGAUGUCUAAGCAGGCGGAGCAGGCUCGCACAGAGAAGGUGCGCCAGUUGCGGGAACAGAAGAAGAUUGCUAAGAGAGUACAGAUUGACGCCAAACUAAAACAGGCUGCAGACAAGAAACAAAUGCUAGAACAACUUAAAAGGGUGCGUAAAGGGAAAUCCACAGACUUGGACUUUUUAGAAGAUAACAAAGGCAAAAAUUCAAACAAAGGCAAUCCGAAGAAUGCCAAAGCGAAAGUCAAUAAAAAACGUGCAAUGAAAGACAGUAAGUUCGGCUUUGGAGGCAAAAAGAAAGGAUCAAAGUUGAAUACCAGAGAGUCAUCAAGCCAAAUGGACGGCUUCAACAGUUCUGCUAAAAAGAAACCUUUCAAUUUUAAAUCUAAAUCGUUUAAACCUAAACAGAAGAAUCAAAGGCCCGGGAAAUCUAAGAGGAAAAACGCUAAACGAUAAAAUAAGGUUUAUUUUUUAUAAGAUUAAAUAAUGAUGCUUGAUGGA